AUGAUAGAGUUUGCUACGAUUGAAGGGGUGAAGAUGGUCCCUGGAACCGUACGCAUUGUCGACUUGGAAGGUACAAUGAAUGUAAAACAUCAGGAGGGAGGGAAAAACGACAUUGUCCUUGUACCUCAGCCAUCGAACGACCCAAACGACCCCCUCAACUGGACUAAAUUCCGCAAGGAGUAUCAUUUCUGGCUCCUGUGGAUCUGGGGGUUUAUAGCUGCAGUCUGCGUCAAUUGGGUUGGGCCAGUCUGGACACAAUUCACCAUCGAUCUGAAAACUACUUUUUUCGACUUGAGCAUUGGGUCAAGCUUUUGUUUCCUGUUCCUGGGACUAGGCUGCGUCUGCUUGCAGCCCAUUGCCAUGAAGAUUGGUAGACGACCUGUGUAUAUGGUUGGCUCCUUUCUUAAUCUUGCAGGCUGCAUUUUGGGCAGAUACCAGACAACCGUUCAGAUGUAUUGGGGAGCAAACAUUCUCACGGGAUUUGGUGCUGCGCCCGUGGACUCUCUGGUACAAAUUUCGACGACCGAUAUUUUCUUUGCGCAUGAAAAAGGCACCAGACUGAGUUUGUACGUAUUCACGAUAUACGCAGGGUCAUACCUUGGCCCUGUUGCGGCUGGACACAUCGCCGACUCUCAGGAGUGGCGUUGGUGUUACCAAUACCUCAUCAUUUUCUUCGCUGUCCUUCUGGUCAUCCAGCUAUUCACAAUGGAAGAAUCUACAUUCCGCAGGCCUCCUACGUCCUCUGAGAUUUCCGGAGACACAGCUGCGAUGUCUCAUCAUGCAAAUCAAAAUUUAGAAGCUGUGAAAGUCGAGGCCUAUGUGUCACAUGACGUCGACUGUGACACUUCUGAGCAUUCAGCACCACCUCCGAAAACUUACUGGCAACGCAUGGGACUAUAUAACACUUCCUAUAGCGAUCCACGGCCAUUAUGGCUCGUUGCUCUUAGCCCGUUCACACUAGUAACGUACCCGGCAGUCAUGUGGGCGGGUUUCAUCUACGGCGUACAGAUUAUGUGGCUCUCGUUACUCAACGUGACGCAAUCUGACCUUUUCUCUAGGGACCCGUACAACUUCAGCAUGGCGAACGUUGGCAAUAUCAAUUUUUCCUCCUUCAUUGGUGGCAUAGCGGGAAUGAUUUGGGGCGGAUAUGUGUCCGAUUGGUGCAUCAUCUUCUUGUCUAGGCGCAACAAGGGCAUUUUAGAACCUGAGUUUAGGCUCUGGACGAUGCUUGUUCCCGCAGUCAUCAAUACUGCGGGGAUACUUAUGUAUGGCCUGGGGGUAUUAAAGGGUACGAUGUGGAUCCUCCCAGCAGGAUUCGGUAUGGUGUUUAUUGCCUUCGGAAUCGGAAGCGGCGGUGCAAUUGCAAUCACGUACGCGGUACACUGCUACCCGCGCAUCGCCUCUGAAAGCUUGGUGCUUAUGCUCUUUAUUCGAAAUAUUAUCGGUUGCGGGUUUACUUUUGCCAGCCAGCCAUGGAUUAACCAUCACGGCUUGCAAAACACCACCAUCAUCAUGGCAAUGAUAUGUCUAGUAGCCAAUCUGUCUUCUCUUCUAAUGAUUUGGAAGGGAAAGCGAUUGCGCGAGUGGACUGCAAAGCGCUAUAUCAGAGUGAUGCAACAGAAAGAUAAGGAGGCGUUGGCCAUCUAG